GUGUGUCAGCGGUCAGCAGCAGUGGACUCGCCCAUUUGUAUUCGUGCGAAACCUAUGUUUCUUGUUCAAAAUGAUUCUUCUCGAGAUAAAUAACAGAAUAGUGGAAGAAACGCUUACAUUGAAAAUAAGAAAUGCUUUAGCGGGGCACAAACAAGAAUCAACUGAAAUUCUUGCUGCAGACUUCGAUGGUGUUCUUUUUCAUAUCACCAAUGUAGGCGGUGACAAGAGUAAAGUAAGGGUUAGCAUUUCUCUCAAGUUUUACAAACAACUCCAAGAGCACGGGGCUGAUGAAUUACUUAAAAGAGAAUAUGGUUCUCUCUUAACAGAACCUGAAGAUGGAUAUAAUGUAUCUGUUCUUGUGGACCUAGAAAAUAUUCCUCAAGAUUGGGAAGAUAUGGUCAAAAAGAUUGGACUGUUGAAAAGAAAUUGUUUUGCUUCAGUAUUUGAGAAAUAUUUUGAAUUCCAAGAGCUUGGAGAAGAAGGACACAAAACAGCUGUUAUCAAUUACAGAAAUGAUGAGACUAUGUAUGUGGAAGCCAAAGCAGACAGAGUGACUGUUGUUUUCAGUACUAUUUUUAAGGACAAGUCAGAUGUGGUAAUUGGCACGGUAUUCAUGCAAGAGUUUAAAGAAGGCCGUAAAGCAAGUCACACCGCGCCUCAAGUAUUAUUCAGUCAUCGGGAACCUCCUAUGGAACUUGCUAACUCUGGUGCAAGGGUUGGAGAAAAUAUUGGGUACAUUACAUUUGUUCUGUUUCCAAGGCAUACAAACAGGACAACCAGAGAUAACACCAUUAAUUUGAUUCAUAUGUUCAGAGAUUACCUUCAUUACCACAUUAAAUGCUCAAAGGCUUAUAUUCAUUCUCGAAUGAGGGCAAAGACAUCAGACUUCCUGAAGGUUCUCAACAGAGCACGACCGGAACCCAAAAAUGUGGAGAAGAAAACAAUAACGGGACGAACGUUUAUAAGAAAAGAAUAAUUCAUUGUCCUUUAUUCUAAGACUUAUUUGCUGUGUGUGGAUUGGUGGAGGGUCUACCCUCUGACUUGCAGUGUUCUCAGCAAGCUGUGAUAGUAGCGCUCCUUGCACAAAGACCUGCCAUAUCGUGACCAUUCACCCUUAUCUGAGGUGGCCUACAUUAAGUAUGAGCUUUGUCCUUAACACCAUCUAAACCCAGUUGUUAUUAUUAUUACUAUUAUUAUUAGCCACUUUAUUAUAGAGAGAUUGUUACUUGAACUAUUAAUUCAUAUAUGAUGUACUGUUUGUGAUGUCUUCUUUCCAUAACUGUAAAUCUAAUCAUCCCAUCAAAUUUUUAAACGUAUUGAUGCAUAGCGAAUUUAUUACAAAUUUAGAUUAAUUUUUCUUUGGCUAAUCAAUCAGCAAAGCAACAUUCUCAUACAAAUUUGAAAGUAGUACUUGUUGUUUUGAAAUUUUUCACUGCCUGGACUCAUAAAUCAAUCUAGAAUGAAUCUGAAUCAUCAGACUCAGACUAUGAAUAUUGUGAUUUUCAGAUGAGCAAAAGUGUCAUUCAAAAUGCUCAUAUCACAAAAAUUGUUCAGAUGUUAAUUACAUGCUGAUGAUUUUGAACAAUGUUAUUUAUAGUUCUAUUUUUGUACUAGUGCUAGAUGUGCAUCUGACAUUACUCCAUUUUGGAGAUUUUUUUCUUCUUUUUUUUUUGUGCUAUGCCCAAGUAGGAGUACCAGAGAGCUUUUAAUAUUUUUAAAUGUAUUCUAAGCAUAUAGUAAUUUAGUUCUGUGCAUUUUCAUCAUGAAGGUGUGCUGCUUGCUCUUUUCCAAGGGGCUCAGCGUUUUUUUAUUGUUCUUUUGUUCUGAAAGUAUAACAUAUUUCUAAGAGCUGAAUAUUGUUGUAUUUAUUUGUAAUUGAUUUUUGUUCCUAGUCUAAUGAAUUUCUUAUAUUUCUGCAGUUCCCUCUGUUUUAUUUUCAGUUUCUUGGGUUUAGUAAAUAGUGAGUACCAUGAAGGUUCAGUAUCACAGCAAUCAAAUUUUUGACUGAGAAUUUCAUUAAUUCCAUGUUAUGUGUUGUGUCCCGCUGGUACGUUUUUUUUUCAACUUUUUUUUAAAUUUAUUUAUUGUAUUGCCACUCUUUGAUAUCUUCAAAAUUGAUUCUGUAGGCAAUAAUUGGUGGCUAAAAUAUGUCUUCCUUUUACGGCUUCACCAACAAAAUUAUUUGUUAAACUAACAAGUGUUUUUUCUGUCUAAUUUGGUUCAAGGUACUUGUGAACAAAUUCUUUGAAACCAAUUGAAGACUGUCUUUGAACGUGUGCAGUCACAAUAACUUGUAUUUCUUACUGAGUGAGUUGGUUAGUUUUACGCAAUUUGUAUCAUAUUCCUGCUCUGACCAUCCUAAUUUUGAAUUAAGUGUCCAACUAAUAAGUUAAAAGACUACUCAAUCUACAGCAUUACUCUGCUCCUUCACAGUUUAGUCUUGUAUUAUAUCUGCCAUUUAAUUUUGUUAUUUGUGAUGGUACUUAAUUUUCAUAAGUCAGGUACAAUUGCAUGUUGAAUGGCUGGAGUAUGACAGUCUUCUAUAUUAAACUUCUAGAAAGGGAAGUAUGAAUGUGGUUAGAAAUUUGUUUUUAUGAACUCAGUUAUUUCGUAAUACUUCAAGCUCAAAGAGUUUUAGACUUUAAAUUGGCUCACAACUAAGUGAUUUUACUGUGGAAAUUUUCGUAAAUUACCAUGUUCUGAAAAUAAUGUUACACAGUUCGAUUACAUUCAAAAGUUUUCACGUCUAUUGAGGUGCGCUUGAAAACUAAAUAAACCAGAGAGCAUGUCUAUCUAGUUAAAUAAAAUCACUUGUACGUUGUGUUUGUGCAA